CCAAAGGGGCGGAACCGCGAGGGGAAGGAGGAGGGAAGUAGGACUUCAACAUGGCGGCUGCGGUACUGGCGGUGUCUACGGUGACGGCCUGGCUUGGGGCGGCCAGAGUUGGAGGCGGUGGCGUUCGCUUUCCCUAGGGGCUGUCAGGAGCUCUUCGGAGACCGAGCCUGGGCGGCCGGUCGGCGCCAGCACCUUUUGGCUUCUAGGACGGCAGCUGUUACGGCGUUCAGGGACUGUCAGUUACCUUGAUGAUGUUCCAUUUAAGAUAGGAGACAAAUUCAAAACACCAGCUAAAGUUGGUCUACCUAUUGGCUUCUCCCUGCCUGAUUGUUUGCAGGUUGUCAGAGAAGUACAGUAUGACUUCUCCUUGGAAAAGAAAACCAUCGAGUGGGCUGACGACCUUAGGAAAAUCAAAGAAACCCAGCAGGAAGCUGAGCGCAAAGCUGAGGAAGAGGACGCUAGAGUGAAUUCUAAGAGUGGCCCAGAGGGUGAUAACAAAAUGAGCUUCUCCAAGACUCACAGUACAGCCACAAUGCCACCUCCCAUUAAUCCCAUCCUUGCCAGCUUACAGCACAACAGCAUCCUCACCCCGACUCGGGUCAGCAGCAGUGCCACGAAACAGAAAGUUCUCAGCCCACCUCACACAAAGGCAGACUUCAAUCCUGCUGACUUUGAGUGUGAAGAGGACCCAUUUGAUAAUUUGGAGUUAAAAACUAUCGAUGAGAAGGAAGAGCUGAAAAACAUUCUGGUAGGAACCACUGGACCCAUUAUGGCUCAGCUAUUGGACAAUAACUUGUCCGGAGGAAACUCUGGGUCUGUGUUAGAGGAUGAAGAGGCAGUCUUGGCAUCCUUGGAGCAGGCGACCCUAGAUUUUAAGCCUCUUCACAAACCCAAUGGCUUUAUUACCUUACCACAGUUGGGCAACUGUGAAAAGAUGUCGCUGUCUUCCAAAGUAUCCCUUCCCCCCAUCCCUGCAGUCAGCAAUAUAAAAUCCUUGUCUUUCCCCAAACUUGACUCUGAUGACAGUAAUCAGAAGACAGCUAAGCUGGUGAGCACUUUCCAUAGCACAUCCUGCCUCCGAAAUGGCACGUUCCGGAAUUCCUUAAAGCCUUCCACCCAGAGCAGUGCCGCUGAGCUCAAUGGCCAUCAUACUCUUGGGCUUUCAGCUUUGAACUUGGACAGUGGCACAGAGGUGCCAACCCUGUCUCCCUCCUCCCAGCUGCCUUCCCUGUCUGUUUUGUCUAUGUGCACAGAAGAAUCAUCACCUCCAAAUACAGGUCCCACGGUCACCCCUCCUAAUUUCUCAAUGUCACAAGUGCCCAACACUUCCAGCUGUCCCCAGGCUUAUUCUGAACUGCAGACGCUAUCCCCCAGUGAGCGGCAAUGUGUGGAGACAGUGGUCAACAUGGGAUACUCAUAUGAGUGUGUCCUGAGAGCCAUGAAGAAAAAAGGAGAGAAUAUUGAGCAGAUUCUCGACUAUCUCUUUGCACAUGGACAGCUCUGCGAGAAGGGCUUCGACCCGCUUUUAGUGGAAGAGGCUCUGGAAACAAACCAGGGUUCAGAGGAAAAGAUGAUGGAGUUUCUUCAGUUAAUGAGCAAAUUUAAAGAAAUGGGCUUUGAACUCAAAGACAUUAAGGAGGCUUUGCUAUUACACAACAAUGACCAGGACGAUGCUUUGGAAGACCUCAUGGCUCGGGCAGGAGCCAGCUGAGACCAGGCUUUGCCCAGACCUUGCCACGGAACCAACCCACUCCCACCCCACCCCCCCAGGAGGCACCCUGCAGAGUCCACCUGUGGGGAAGAAGAGACACACUUCUGAUUUUUCUUUUGGGGGUGGGAGGUCAGGUAUGGAGACUGUGCUUGCCAGUUUCUACAACCUAGGCCCUGAGCUGGGGGGAAACUGAUGAAGACUUGGGCAUGUGAAUGCCCCCAGAACAUUCUUGGCUCCUCCUUCCAUAUGAAAUAUAUUUGUAUUUUGAGAAGUGUCCUUCCCACCUUGGCCCUUCAGAAACAGUCCUGGUCUUUCUGGGGU